CCCCGGCCAAGAUCAUCUCCUUCGGUGGCACCGUCACCACGCCCUGGAUGAAGGAUGUGCGGCUGCCGUGCAACUCGGUCGGGGAGCCGGUCCCUGCCCUCAAGUGGACCAAGGACAGCGAGGACUCCGCCAUCCCCGUGACGGUGGACGGCCAGCGCCUGAUCCAGGCCAACGGCACCUUGGUGCUGCGCUCGGUGAAGGCGGAGGACUCCGGCUACUACACCUGCACCGCCACCAACACCUGGGGCUUCGACACCAUCAUCAUCAACCUGCUGGUGCAAGUGCCCCCAGACCAGCCCCGCCUGACCGUCUCCAAGACCUCGGCAUCCUCCAUCACCCUGGCCUGGAUUCCGGGGGACAACGGGGGCAGCUCCAUCCGAGGCUUCGUGCUGCAGUACUCGGUGGACAACAGCGAGGAGUGGAAGGACGUGUUCAUCAGCUCCUCCGAGCGCUCCUUCAAGCUGGAGAGCCUCAAGUGCGGCCCCUGGUACAAGGUGAAGCCGGCGGCCAAGAACAGCGUGGGCGGCUGGAGCAGCGGGGGCUGCCCCAUCACCGCCAUCGUCCUGGAGUACCGGCCCAAGGGCAACUGGGUCUGGCAGAGCCUGCGCACCAACAGCUCGGGCGAGGUGUUCCUGACCGAGCUGCGCGAGGCCACGUGGUACGAGCUCCGCAUGAAGGCCUGCAACAGCGCCGGCUGCGGCAACGAGACCGCGCAGUUCGCCACGCUGGACUACGACGGCAGCACCAUCCCCCCCAUCAAGUCCGCCCAAGGGGAGGGUGAUGAUGUGAAGAAGCUGUUCACCAUCGCCUGCCCCGUCAUCCUGGCCACGCUGGGAGUGGCCCUGCUCUUCAUCAUCCGCAAGAAGAGGAAGGAGAAGCGGCUGAAGAGGCUGCGAGACCGCCGGGUCUGCGUCCCCUCUUACCGCAGCAAGAACAACCGCAGCUUCGACACGCCGGUGAAGGGACCCCCGCAGGGCCCCCGCCUGCACAUAGACAUCCCGCGGGUGCAGCUCCUCAUCGAGGACAAGGAAGGCAUCAAGCAGCUGGGGGACGACAAAGCCACCAUCCCGGUGACCGACACGGAGUUCAGCCAGGCGGUGAACCCCCAGAGCUUCUGCACGGGCGUCUCGCUGCAUCACCCGGCGCUGAUCCAGAACACGGGGCCCCUCAUCGACAUGUCGGACAUCCGCCCCGGCACCAGUAAGCGGCUGCGGUCCCCCCCAACCCGGUCCCCCAGCCAGUGGACCCUCACCAAGUGCCAGGCGUCCACCCCGGCGCGGACCCUCACCUCGGACUGGAGGACGGUGGGCUCCCAGCACGGCAUCACGGUCACCGAGAGCGACAGCUACAGCGCCAGCCUCUCUCAGGACACGGACAAGGGCCGCAACAGCAUGGUGUCCACCGAGAGCGCCUCGUCCACCUACGAGGAGCUGGCGCGGGCCUACGAGCACGCCAAGCUGGAGGAGCAGCUCCAACACGCCAAGUUCGAGAUCACCGAGUGCUUCAUCUCCGACAGCUCCUCGGACCAGAUGACCACCGGCACCACCGACAACGCCGACAGCAUGACCUCCAUGAGCACCCCCUCGGAGCCCGGCAUCUGCCGCUUCACCGCCUCCCCCCCCAAACCCCAGGACAGCGAGCGGGGCAAGAGCGUGGCCGUGCCCAUCCCGCACCGCGCCAGCAAGAGCGACUACUGCAACCUCCCGCUGUACGUCAAGUCGGAGGCCUUCUUCC